CCUGAUAAACAGAAAGGGAGUGCCCUGGAUCCCUCUCCCUGGCCUGGUGUAUCUUUCACUAACAAUGAGUAAAUUGUGGCUUUGUUUGUAGGGAGAAAUCCUUUGGUUUAUACCUGUGGUGUUGUGCCAUUUUGUGGCAUUUUCUUCUCUAAUGCAAUCUACCCAUACUUCUGCUAGUCAUGCCAUCUCAACAAGUUGAUGUGUAGCCUCAAUGUGUUAGAAGUUUCUGGAAGCCAUUGGAAAGCAAGGGAGAUCUUUGAGCUUUAUCACUUUAUAUGAAACCAUUCACUUACCACUUCCACUAUUUUCUUUACAUAGUGUUUACUUAGUGUAGAAGAUGGGGUACAGAACAACAUGCUUUAAAUAUCUUUAGCAGGAUCAUCAUGUUUCAAAGGAAAAAUAAUAAAGAACCACACUAAAUAAAACUGAUAAAGUUGAAAACAUCAAUAAAUUGGCCUUCAUGUUUACAUAUCAGUUUCUUAUGAUAUUAAUUCCAUUGAAUUUUCUGGGAAAAUUAUAAUUUCAAGCUAGAGUGAAUCUAAGUUUAUCUAAAAAUUUUAGCUAAACCAUUAUGUAACAUAUAUCAUAUUAGUGUCAGAACCAUUCACUUCAUCUGUGGUACCAAGUUGAGGAUAAUAAAAGAAGCAACUAAGAAAUGUGUAGCUUUUCUUUUUGUUUUCAAAGACCAGGAUUAGAUGAAUGAGAAACAAGAGCGUAGGAAGUGCCCUGAUUUACAGACAUCUCUUGAAAUGAAUGUCAUGUUUUCACCAAAUGCUGACUUUCUAGAUGAUAUUCCUGUGCACUGGACUGACAUGAAUCAGCAGCGGUUCUGUAUGAUCCAGCUACAACCUGGAGAGUCAGAAUAUGACACUGUGAAGGACAAGUUCUCUCAGACUUGUUCUUCCUACAAAAUAGAGAAGAUUGAGAGGAUACAGAACAUAUUUCUCUGGCAAAGCUACCAGAUAAAGAAAAACCACAUGGACACCAAGAAUGGCCAUAAAGAUAAUGAGAGACUCCUCUUCCAUGGGACAGAUGCAGACACAGUGCCACAUAUCAAUCAGCAUGGCUUUAAUCGCAGUUAUGCUGGGAUGAAUGCUGCAGUCUAUGGAAACGGAACCUAUUUUGCUGUUGAUGCCAGUUAUUCUGCUAAUGAUAAAUACUCCAGACCAGACAGCAGUGGAAGAAAGCAUAUUUAUGUUGUGCGAGUACUUACAGGAGUCUACACACGUGGACAUGCAGGAAUAAUUACUCCUCCAUCAAAGAACCCUGAUGAUACCACAGAUCUUUAUGACUCUGUCGUAGAUGAUAGACAACAUCCAAAGCUAUUUGUGGUAUUCUCUGAUAAUCAUGCUUACCCAGAAUAUCUUAUAACUUUCACAUGUUAAAAAAUAGCUUUUUUUCUU